AUGGUGAAGUUAUAUGCUCUCCCAAUUCAUUCAAAUAAUAUAAAUAAUGGUGAUAAGGAAAUUAUAGAAAAAAGAUACUGUUUAUUAAAAAAAGUGGAAAAAUUACUUAAAAUAUUAUUAAUUAAUGAAAAUUUCAAUGAAACAAAACUUUCAUUCUAUUCUUCAUUAAAUAAUUUUUCUGAUAAUAAUAAAAAAAAUAAUAAUAAUAAUAAUAAUAAUAAUAAUAAUAAUAAUAAUAAUAAUAAUAAUAAUAAUAAUAAUAAUAAUAAUAAUAAUAAAAAUGAAGAAAAUGAAGAAAAUGAAGAAUUUUAUGUUAAAUUAAAAAUUAUAUUUUGGGAUAGAUUUGGUUUAUAUACUGAUAAUAGUAGUAGUAGUAAAAGUAAAAAACAUGAAAUUGAAAAAGAGUCAUUAGAAUUUUAUAAAGCUUUUAUUGAAAUUUUAAAUUUAAAUGAUAAUAAAUUUAAUGAAAGGAAUUGGUUUAUUGAUUUUUUCAAUAAUAAUGAAAAUAGAAUAAAGAAUUGGUUUGAUCAUUUUUUAAAUUUUAAUAGUGGUAAUAGUAGUAAUAAUAGUGAAAAUAAUAAUAGAUAUGGAUCAUUAGCAUUAGAAAGAUUUAUUUUAUCAGAUAGAUAUGAUUGUUGGUCAUUACUUUAUUGGUUAACUUCUAGAAGUCAUCCACCAUGUGUAGUUAUUCAAAAAAAGGAAUUAUUAUCACAAUUGGAUAUUGUCAAAACUAUUCAUUCCAUAAUUGAUAAAAAACCUGAAUUUUUUGAAACUCAACAUUUUAAACAAUCAAUUUUAACCAAUUCUAAAGAAUUCAUAAAUUUAGAUAAAUCAUAUAUAAUUAAAAAAUUCUUUAAAAUAAUUAAAAAUAUUGAUAUUAAUAGUAAUAAUAAAAAUAGAGAUUUAUUAACUAAAAUAAUAAAUAAUUUAUUAUGGAAAUUUUGUAAUAAUAAUAAUUAUAAUAAUAAUAGAAAAUAUUUAUUAGUAAAUCAAUUUUAUAAUAAAUUAAAUCAAAAAGAAUUAUUAUCAAUUUGUACAACUAAUUAUAAUAAUAAUAAUAAUAAUAAUAAUAAUAAUAAUAAUAAUAAUAAUAAUAAUAAUAAUAAUAAUAAUAAUAAUAAUAAUAAUAAUAAUAAUAAUAAUAAUAGUAAUAAUAAUUAUAAUAAUAUUGAAAUUUUAAAUAAAAUUGUAAUAUCAGAAUGUAAUUGGUUAUCAUUUGAUGAUAUGAUUUUAUUUAAUAGUUUAACACCAAAUUAUAUAAAUAGGUUAAUUAAUUUAAUUAUAAAAUCAAAGAAAAAACAAGAAGAAGAACAAUUAAAAGGAUUUCAAGAAUUUAAAUUAAAUUUAGAUAAAUUAUUAUCAAUAGAUCAAAAUGAUACUAUUAUAAAUAAUAUAGAGUCACAUUCAUUAUUAGCAAAUUUUAUAUUAAAUGAAAAUAAAAAAGAGAAAAUAUCAUUAACAACUGAAAAAAUUAAAUUAAUUUUAAUUGAAAGUUUUAUUUUUUUUUAUACUCUAAAAGCUCAAUUAUUAAUAUUAAAUUCAAAACAAGAUUUAAUAGAUUAUUUCAAUAUUUAUCAAAUUCCAAUAACUAUAAUAGAUAAUAAUAAUAAUAAUAAUGAUAAUAAUAAUAAUAAUAAUAAUAAUAAUAAUAAUAAUAAUAAUAAUAAUAAUAAUAAUAAUAAUAGUUUAAAACAAUAUGAAAAUGAAUAUCCAUUAUUAAAUAGUGAUGAAGAUGAUGGUGAUGAUGAUGAUGAUGAUAUGGUGGUGAAAUAA